AUGCAACGAUGUGAAAGACACUUUCAGAAAGGCGGGAAAAGCAUCUGCCAGAACAUCCAUAAAAAAUGUGGCGACAGUUUCCUGGACCCUCCCGUCAUCCCGAGGCUGCAAACAUCAGAGAAGAAGAGCAGAAGCACACUUAAAGUGGCUCUGACGUCUGUAACUGAGACAGAUGACCUGCCCACUAUUGAUUCAGACAGUGAGAUAGAGGAAGAGAAGUCAGCUUUAAAAGAGCACAUCGACUUUCUAAAUCCUGUCGCUUCACCAACCAAGAUUUCAGACUACUCCUCUUAUGAUGAUAAUGAUGACGAUCCCGAAGAAAGCAGAGCAGACUCUUCCUUUCUGGACGCAGCUGAGACCAGCAGGCAGUCGGUCAGCGAGCGGGUCCGAUCUGCUCAGGCGAUUCUUCAGACACGUCAGAAACAAUUCCCUAAGAGCAUCAAGACCCCAGAGGACUCUCUCAAGAGGAGGAGGUUUGAAAGGGGAGGUCUUGCUGAAAGGCUGAACCAGCUCCACAGCAGGCAAAGAUCAGCCAUCAGCUUCUGGAGACAUCAGUGCAGCUCAACCACCUCAGCUGGUAAAACACAUCCAUCCGAAUCCUGCCUGUUUAUGUGAAGACUCAAUUAUGUCUUGAAUGUCAGCUCUGUACAGAUCAUUAGUGCAGAGUUCUCUGUUCCUGACCACUAAUGAAAACAUUAUCAUAAAUGUUUUCACAAUUAAAAAUGAAGCCUUUCAUUUCAGUACUGCCAGUGUCAGAUCCGACCCAAAGAAUGUGUCAGGAAAGAAUUUAACCACCAACCCGCAGUUUUCAUAUUUCCAUAACUGCUUGUCAUGCUUGAUGAAAUGUCUAGAAUAUUCCAGCGAUGAGAUCUCGCUGUGUACAGUAGGAGGAGUAGGAGGCUGUGAAAGCGCGCU